GCGGAAGAAUAAUCGAAAACAACAACAGCAAUCAAUCCGCCUGGCGACGGCGUUAAGUUAGAAGAUAGAGCAUCUCAACGCCUUUUAAUCGAUACCACGGAGCGUUGGUAGCUCGUUUUCCCUUCAUCUGGUGUUUUUAUAGGCAUUCAGUUGUAAAAUGUCGAUAUUUGAAAAGUUAUUCGGAGCCGGGGGUAAGGGUGGGAAAGCGCCUACACCCCAGGAGGCUAUCCAGCGACUCAGAGAUACGGAGGAAAUGUUGACGAAAAAACAAGUGUUUCUAGAAAAGAAAAUCGAACAGGAGCUUCUGACAGCGAAGAAAAAUGGCACGAAAAACAAACGAGCGGCUCUGCAAGCCUUGAAGAGAAAGAAGCGCUAUGAGAAGCAGCUGGCUCAGAUUGACGGCACGUUGUCCACCAUUGAGUUCCAGAGGGAGGCACUAGAAAACGCCAACACGAACACAGAGGUGCUCAAGAACAUGGGCUUUGCUGCCAAAGCCAUGAAGAGUGCACACGAAAACAUGGACAUUGACAAGGUGGAUGACCUGAUGCAAGACAUUACAGAACAACAGGAGUUGGCCCAGGAAAUCUCUGACGCCAUCUCCAAACCAGUUGGUUUUGGAGAAGACUUCGAUGAGGAUGAGCUGAUGGCAGAGCUGGAGGAGCUGGAACAGGAGGAACUGGACAAGAAUCUUCUGGAAAUCGGAGGGGCUGAGGACGUCCCUCUGCCCAGCGUACCUUCUACAUCACUGCCAGCAAGACCAGCCAAGAAGAAGGAGGAAGAGGACGAGGAUGACAUGGCGGACCUAGAAGCCUGGGCUGCUAACUAAACUAGUCUGCCAUGUUAGCCUGUUAGCUAGCCAGCACCCUCCUGUCUGUCUCUCCACAACUUUACUGCAACUAGACAUCUGGGAGCGGGACAGGGACUCUGGGCUGCACAGCUGGCAGGUCUGCUGCUGUUUCUUUUGACCUGUAUCCCAAUAUCCAACCAUUCUCUAAACCUGAAGUAUGCACCUGUGCACUCAUAUUUGGGUACCAGUGCAUUUGUUCACUGACUUGAAAGGAAGUUAUUUUUUUCUUUCGAGUGAAAACUAAGGAAGCAUUUUAACUAUGAUGUCUAUUCUAGCCUCCUCUGGCUCCAACGGGGCACUUAUAUUCUUAUAAGGGACACGACUAACAAGGAGGCUAAAAGUCUGUGCUCAUGUAUACCAGAGUUCACUCUUUGGGGCAAGAGCAUAUGAAAAUGAAGGCAGGUGUGUACAAGUGCAUACUUCUAGAGAAGGGAGUGUGGAUGAGUGGGCCUGGCUUUGGUUUGUGGGAGGAUUGGGAAGAAACAAGGGACACGUGGGAUGGGGUGGGGGUGGGGGGGGCAAAUAUCGAAAAAGCUAAAGAUUAAAAGAAGACGACAUGACUCUGUCAUUUUUCUGCUUCCUGUAAUGUCAUCUCUACACUCCUUUAAGAUGAUAAUGGUGGAUCUUUGACAGCCUUGAUACUGAGAAAUCCUCAUUACUCCUUAAUCGUCAAAAACACCACAGAAAAAUCACUCAUUGUAGACAGUAAUGUAGGAAUGCAAAUAGCUGGUUUUCUAUGAUACACUGCUUACAUGAAGGUUGGUGCACAAGAGGCUGAUCAACAGGGUUGUUAGGGUGAGCUUGUCCAUUUCUUUUUCUUUUCUUAAGAAAAAUGGUUAAAAUUGUGGCUAUUCAGUCUUGAAUACACUGGACUUAAUAGCCAUACAUUUUUUUUGCCAUAGUCAAAUGUAAAGAUUAAGGCCCUUACACACUGGCUGCAUUAUUGGACAGUCCUAAUUUGAGGUUUUGACAGUGACCCUGUAUGUAGAUGAAGUUUAAAGUGUCAGCAGACCAUGUACUGCUCAUCUAAGCAUCUGAACAUGUCAUGCAUAUAUGCUAGUGGCUAAAUGGCUGUUCAGUUUUUGGAAACUGUUUGGCGUUUGUAAGUUAUUUUACCUCGAAAUAAGUCAUGAGCUAUUGAAAAUAAUGGAUGCAUCUCUAAAGUCACACAUAUAUUUCCAGUGGGUUUCUGUUAUCACUUUGACAAAUAUAUUUUGUGAAAAUCAUAUAUGGGUUGAAUUUAAAGAUAAUUGUAUACAAAUUUUGUGCUUUUUGUCUGUCCGGUCUUAACACGGCGACCUCUGGUGAAUUUACCUACAAUAGCACUAAGAACGGAGACAGUGAGUGAAAAUUAUUCUUUUGUGCUGUUGAUACAUAUACAAUGUAAAAUGGAUGUAUCAUUAGUGGAUAAAUAUGAAACAAAACAACCUUUUGAUUUGGGUCUUCAUUGAGUUUCACUUUAAAACCAUAACGGCAAAAUAUGUAUUCAUCUCACUGUCCCAAAGGUUUUGACUGUAGCUGCUCCCCCAUCACUCUUAGCAAACAUGUUAUGCAUUGUUAGCACAUUAGACUAGACUACAACACAAGAAUGCCCUCGGUCAUUUCUGUGAGGCUUGAAUGAAGCAGCGUUUCACACCAAAACAUUUUCCCAUGUUGACCGAUAAAUUCAAAAUGAACUUGAACUCAAUCCUAAAACUUUUCGAACAAACUUACCAAGCGGCUUCCACCUGCCAACAAAUCUGUGCUUUCCGUUCAGAUCCCCUUCAUCAUUUUACUUGUACAGAAAGACAUUUGCUUGUAGUCACCAAUGUUAAGAGCUUUAGCCUGAGGUUGGACAGUGGCUGUUUCAGUUUAGCAGCCGUGGUUGCCACAACGCUGCUCUAUGGUUUAUGCUGACUUAGAAUUCAUUGCCAAUUUGACCUUAUUUAAGUUUAGAUUCAUCACAAGUAUUGUAUCAGUGCAUUUGUAUAAUACAGCAAUGGGCUGCAUUUUCAUCCAACAGUCAGCUCUCGUUCUGAACUUGGUCCUCUUUACUGCAGGGCAUGUCAUCAACACUGCUAGGGGAAGGGUUUCUAUUCCCAGUGGAUUGGACCACCCAUAUUAAAGACGUAUGGGUUUAUGGUUCUGUAUGGUGGGACGGGCAUUUGGUAGGGGCUGACAUUCUCACCCUGGAAACAGUGCUCAUUAAGAAACAUAUUAGUACAUCUAUUUUUGUAUAGCUCUUUGCACUCCAACUCUGUGAAACAUGGGAAAGCCCAUCCAUAACACAAAGGAUGACAAUUGCACAUUGUCAUAGUCCUUUCAAUGUAUGUCAAGAUGAAGGGUCAAAUGGUUGUCUAUACAUAUAUACAAGUACGUACGUACUUCUGCUCAGUGACAAUUUGCUAAAACGUAAUUUAAAGAUGUUUAUCCUUAAAUGAUAUUACACUAGCUAACAAUAUAUGUCUCUUCUUUUCAAGGCUAUUUUUUUCUUUCUUUUUUUCUUUUUUUUGUUCUGCAGGUCUGGAAAUGAUGGUUUUCAUAUUUUGGAAAUUGCUGUUGUUUGGUGUGAAAAGCAUACUGAGACAGAGUUUGGCAGUCCUCCUCUGUGACCGGUGCUAAGUAAUUAGUGAUUUCACACUUAUUGAUGAUCAGCUGUUUGCCAAAUCAGUAUGAUGCCAUUGUGGUGGAAAUUGUUCCUUAUUUACAGCCAACACAUCUUUGCAGACACCAGACAGCAACACAGAGGUCAUAUUGCCACAUGGUCAGACCCUGUCUAUGGCUGUUAGGAAGACCAGAGAGUAAUUGUAAUGGUAAUUGUAUCAAAACAAGUUUGGUGUGCAUUCUGUUUAAAUUCAUUCACCAAAUUAAAACCUUGCUGCUCAGUCA